AUGAGUAUCGAACAAGCGCACGGCGAACAAGAAGUACAGGCUGCUCGAGUUAUUCUCAAGCACUGGCGGGCACGCCAGAAAAGAUCAACGAGCCCAAAAGAGGCUGACGGGAGGUGGCAAGACGCUCUUAUCCAAGCUCAGGCCCGGACUAACCUACGAUCUGCGGAAAGAGGUGAGAACGAUCCGAAAAGUCGAUUACGACGGGCCGUCUUCCUUGCUGGUCGAUUGCAAGAUGGAGAAGCUUUGCCUUCCGACCACGAGGGUCUGCCAGACAAGAACAGCAAGAUGCUCGAGACUCAACAUUGGUUGGAGCUGAUCGACGGGAAACAUCGAUACGGAUCGAAUCCCUGGCUGCUGGUAGUGAAAUUUUACCAUAGGAAAUGGCAGGAAGAAGAUACUACCGAGAACUUCUUCAAGUGGUUAGAUCAUGGAGGAGGGAAGGAUCUAUCAUUACCUGAAUGCUCGCGCGAGCAACUGGAAAACGAACGCAUAGUAUACCUGUCUAGAGAGCAGCGAGCGAACUAUCUGGUACGCAUUGACGAUCAGGGGUUGCUCCGCUGGGCCCGCAACAAUGAACUGGUUGACACAAGAAGUAAUAGAUGGAAAGAUGCGGGCGAUGGCAGGGGAAUAGUACCUCUAACUGCUGAAGAAAUGCGUGGUGCAGAAAUUUCAGAGGCGCCAGCCAAACAUGGCCGAAUCGGAUUUCGUUCUAAUUCGUCCGACUCGUUACUCAAUUCCGGCGAGGCUCAUUAUGUAGACACAGUUUCCAAGCCUGGGGAUAACAAGUUCCAAAAGACGAUACGGAGUCAUUUCACGUCCAAGGGCAUCAUGGAACGGUUGUUGCGCAAGACGGUCAAGAAGAAUACUUGGAUCUAUGUUUGUGAUAUGAAGCGAAAUCUAUUCAUUGGAAUUAAAGAAACGGGCGCAUUUCAGCACAGUUCAUUUACUGCCGGCGGCCUGAUAUCUUCUGCCGGAUUAAUCAAAGUCAAAAUGGGACGUAUUCACAAGUUAAGUCCACUCAGUGGCCAUUACCGGACGUCUGUGGAUCACUAUCGCUUGUUCCUGGAUGAACUUGGGAGACAAGGGGCAGAUUUAAAAAAGGUACAGGUGACCAAAGCGGAACUGACCUUAUGGGGAUUGGAACAUUAUAAGAGAUUCCAAAAGUCCAAACAAGCGAAGCAAAAGGAACUCGCGGGUACUCUCAAAAGAGUAGCUUCGUUCAAAUCCAAGGGCGAGAGCCCUACGGAACACGAGGAUCACGGUCGCCCGACCUCCGACUUACAGACCUAUGAAAAGAAGAAGGCUCAGGAAAUACAGAAAGAUGAGAGAUGGUUAGAAGGCGCCCGAUGGCGCAAAGAUAUCCUGGUCGGACGCAUAGAUCAUAUGGGUGAAGAGGACAAGGAACAAUCGGUUCAAGGUGUCAGGCGAGAACUCGGUAAUGAGAAGCCGACAAUCACAUGCGAACAAGAGGGUGGAAUGCCGAAGUGA